AAUCCCCAAAAAAGUCUCAAGCUUCAGAAAAUGAGCAACGGGCAGUUGGAGAAGCGUGUCUACAAAAUUGUUCUUACAGGAGGUCCUUGUGGUGGCAAAACAACUGGCCAAUCUCGUCUGUGCACAUUUUUCGAAAAUCUCGGUUGGAAGGUGUUCAGAGUACCUGAAACUGCUACUGUCCUACUCAGUGGUGGUGUCAAGUUUUCCGAUCUCACUGAAAAAGAAGCAUACAAAUUUCAAGAAAACUUGAUACGUACAAUGAUACAGAUUGAAAAUACAUAUUUUGAAUUAGGCAAAUCCAGUACCCGUAACUGUUUGAUUAUAUGUGAUCGGGGAGUAAUGGAUGCAAGUGCAUAUAUUUCCAAAGAAAAGUGGGAGAAAAUGAUGGCGUCCAACAAUUGGAAUCCUAUUGAAAUGCGAGACAACCGUUACAAUCAAAUUUUGCACUUGGUGUCAGCAGCUAAUGGUGCAGAAGAGUUUUACACCACCGAAGAACACGCGUGUCGGUCCGAAGGCGUCGAAUUGGCUCGUGAACUUGAUUAUAAAUCGGCCGCAGCUUGGGUUGGACAUCCUUAUUUCGAUGUUAUUGAUAACUCUACAAAUUUCGAGACAAAAAUGAAUCGCAUGAUAGAAAGCGUUUGUCAAAAACUAGGUAUUGAUAUAGGUGAUCGUCUACAAGCGACCUCUAGAAAACUCAAAUUUUUGGUUGCCACCUUGCCACCCGAUUCGGAAUUUCCUCCGUUCCAAGAUUUCGAUGUUGAACAUCACUACUUACAGUCUUCUGGGCCUAAAGUCCAGGCAAGACUUCGUAAGCGCGGACAGAAUAAUCACUGGAGCUAUAUACACACAAUCCGUCGACCAAAUGUACAUGGUCAAUCUCGUAUCGAGGUAAAAACACAAUUGACUCAGCGUGAUUACAUAAAUUUAUUAGCUCAGCGUGAUGAUGCUCACUUUACGAUUUACAAGAAGCGUCGCUGUUUCUUAGUCAAUAAUCAAUAUUUCCAAUUGGACAUAUAUAAGGAACCCAGUCACCCAAGGUGCAAGGGAUUAAUUCUCUUGGAAACGUAUUCUUCACUAUCUGGCGAGGCUUUACUAAAUUGUCUGCCAAAAUUCUUAAACAUAGUGAAGGAGGUUACAGGCGAUCCAGAUUAUUCCAUGUUUAAUUUAUCCUUGAAAGAGGAUUGGAGUAUCACGAAAAAAUUUUGCCAUUCUUUACAUGAGGACUGUUCCGGUUACAAAUCAAAGCAGCCUAGCGGAGUUUCGAAUAAACAAUUGGUUCUUAACGGUCAUGCCAAGGGUUAGUUUUAACUUA